AUGUUCAUUCUCAUCCUCCUCCUUCUGGUGUUGUCUCUCUUCACCAACAUCCUCUCAAAAUGUAAGAAGAAGAAGAUGCCACCAGGUCCAUGGCGCCUUCCAAUCCUCGGCAACCUCCACCUGCUCAAUCCCAACAAGCCUCACCAAUCCCUCCUCAACCUCUCCAAAAAGCACGGCCCUCUCAUGCUCCUUCAACUCGGCUGCAUCCCCACCCUUAUCGUCUCCUCCCGCGAUGUAGCUAAGGAGGUUUUCACCAACCAUGACCUCACUUUCAGUGGACGUCCUCUCCUCACAGCAUCAAAGAAGCUGUUUAAAAAUAACCCAAGCAUCACCUUCUCUCCCCAUGGCGGUCGUUGGCGCCAAGGCCGCAAGAUUUUCAUGCUUCAGCUGCUCGGCCCCCAUCGCGUUAGAGCUUUUAAAGCAGUACGAGGAGAAGAAAUAGAGGAGUUGGUUGCCAACAUCAAAGAUGUCUUCGUUGUUGCAAAUUUGAGUGAGUUGAUACGUUCAUUUACAAAUAAUAUAGUUUGUAGGGUGACGCUCGGUGAUGAGUUUGGAGAUGGAAGAAUAAGUGGAGAUGUAGUUGCUUUUGGAAACCCAAAGUUUACUUGGCAGCUUCUUUGUGGCAGAUUUCUUUCCUCGGAUGGAAUGGGUUGA